AUGGUGGUGACAAACAGCCCCGAGUUGAAGGAGUUUUUGGAGAAGCUGCGCACAGGUGGCGGCGUCGAAAUCGACGAGUUCGUGAAGUACGCGAAGAUAUUUAGGGACGAGGUGACUUUACGGAGCCUGCAGCACCGACAGCUGACGGCGAUGUGUCGCCUGCUGAACAUCAAGCCAUUCGGGAAUGACGCCAUUCUCAGAAUGAGGCUGAAGAGCCGCGUGGAGUCGUUGAAGAAGGAUGACCAAUACAUCUUGGACGAAGACAUCAACUCGCUGUCUCUGGAGGAGCUGCAGCGGGCCGUCUCGGCGAGGGGGAUGUACUCUCACACGAAGAACAAGAGGGCGUUGCGAAGGCCGCUUGCAGAGCUGGCUGGACCUGUCUGUCAACAAAAAUGUCGGCUGGGUGUGAGCGCGCUGGGGCGGAAGGCGGACGCCUCCUUCAAGUUGGAGCUGUUGGAAGAGUACAGCAAGCUGAUCGAGGAAGAACACCGCCAGGUAUCGAACGCGCAGCUCUCCCCCGACGAGCGGCGCGACAAUCUGGUUGCUCUGGCGAACCUGGCGAACCCGGUCGGUCUGGAGAGCCUUCAGAUCGAAGAGCUGCAGGCGACGCUCUCUAGUUUGGAAAAGGAGCUCUCGGUACACGUCUCACAGGUGGACGACGAACUGAAGGAACUCGAGGCCGAGCUCGACUCGGCAAAGGCUGAGGCGUACCGGCGCCUCCUCUCCGAGCGCUCCGCUGAGCUGAAACACUUACACAAGUUGAAGAACCGAAUCAAUGACCUGGUCGGCGAGCUGAGCGCGGACGCCGCGGUGGCCCAAAAGGAGCUGAACACCUUCAAGCUGCUCGACCAGAAUGACGACGGACUCAUUUCCGAAGACGAGGUGAAGUUCGCCCUAGUUUCUCUGCCCCAGCCCCUCACAGAGGACCAGGUGCGGCGCGUCCUAGAUCAGCUUGACAUUGACCACGAUGGACUCAUAGAGCUUCUUCCCGUGCUGCGCGACGAUGAAACGCGCGAAUUGGAGCUCGAGGAGGCCUACGUUGCGGUGACGAGUGACCGCCGCCGGCUGAGAGAGAUGCUGGCGUUCCUGUCGACUCACUUCCGCUCGGCGAGCUUGCCCACUUGA